GAGGCGCCCUCGGACCGCUGUCCCGGCUCUGCGCGCGGCCCCCGGCAUGGAGGCCCCUGAGCGCUGGCAGACGGCGCGGGCGCGGGUCCCCAGGGUUGAUCCGUACGGAUUUGAGAGGCCCGGAGACUUUGACUACGCGGCGUACGAGGCGUUUUUUUCCGCCUACCUGGUGAUACUCACUAGAAGAGCAAUAAAAUGGUCCAAACUGCUGAAGAGAAGCGGGCGCGUCCGGAAAAGCCCGACAGUGAAGCGCUACGUCCGCAAAGGGGUCCCGCUGGAGCACCGCGCCCACGUCUGGAUGGCGCUGAGUGGAGCCCAGGCCCGGAUGGACGGGAACCCCGGCUACUACCAGCACCUGCUCCAGGGGGAGGGAGAGCCCGGCCUGCGGGAUGCCGUCAGCACAGACCUGAACCGGACCUUCCCGGACAACGUGAGGUUCCAGAAGGCGGCGGAGCCCUGUCUGCAGCAGGCCCUGUACAACGUGCUGGUGGCCUACGGGCGGCACAACCGGGCCGUGGGCUACUGCCAGGGAAUGAACUUCAUAGCAGGAUACCUGAUUCUCGUCACGGGGGAUGAAGAGGAAUCCUUCUGGCUGCUGGACGCUCUUGUCGGGAGGAUUCUGCCCGAUUACUACGGCCCCGGGAUGCUGGGCCUCAGGACCGACCAGGAGGUCCUCGGGGAGCUGGUGAGGACCAAACUGCCGGCGGUGGGGGCCCUGCUGGACCGGCACGGCAUGCCGUGGGCCCUGCUCGUGUCCCGCUGGUUCGUCUGCCUCUUCGUGGACGUCCUGCCCAUGGAGGUGAGUGCCUCACGCGGACCCGGGCGCGGUGCGGGCUGCCGGGGCGUGACUCGGUUUCUGUCUCCGCAGACUGUGCUUCGAAUCUGGGAUUGUUUGUUCAACGAAGGCUCAAAGAUUAUCUUCCGGGUGGCCUUGACCUUGAUUAAGCAACAUCAGGCGCUUAUUUUAGAAGCCAGCAGCGUCCCAGACAUCUGUGAUAAGUUUAAGCAGAUCACCAAAGGCAGCUUUGCCAUGGAGUGUCACACGUUCAUGCAGAAAAUAUUUUCAGAACCUGGGAGCUUAUCCAGGGCAGCCGUGGCCAGGCUGCGGGAGCACCACAGGGCCCGGCUGCUGGCGCAGGGGUGAGCGCGGCCCCGACGACGGAGCUGCCUCUCCAGAGCCGACGGGGGACCAGUGUGUGCUGCGUUCCUGUUCAGUGUUGUCCUCGGGCCACUGCACAGCUCGUGAGCACACGGGAGGUGUGAGAACAGCACCCCGCAGAGGAAGCGCUGGGGCUCGGCAGGGCCCCCAGGAAGCCAGGUACGCGGCUCUUCUCCCUACACCUGCCCCUCUUAGCCUGUACCUUUCUCAAGACUCGGGUGGCGUCUGCCUGAAGGGAUCAGGGCAACGCGGCCGCGCUGUGACAACCCCACACCACCACCCCCGAGAGCGGCUGCGACAGCCACUGUCCUGAAGCCAGGCUGCAGAGGGCAGCGUCCCCGCCAAGUCCCCGACGGUCUCAGCGGACAGAGCACAAGGCCUGGACAAGAGAGACUUUUAUUAGCGUGUUACAGGCAACGCGUCACACGGAGCCGCUCCUCGGUGCGCCCGCCCAGGCCGCAGAUGCAUCGGAGUUAACUACCUAUCAUCGUACACAGUGCAGGAAAGGAUCACCCUGAACGCCAAACAGAAGACUGAAAAUCACCUUACAAAAAAAGUAAAUAAAAAUAACACCCAUUUUUAUAUUUAAAAAAGUGCCAGCUCUUGAGUGGCAGAGCGUGGGAAACACCAAAGGAUGCGUCCGCCCAGGGUCUCGAUGCUGACUGCCGGCCGCCGCGGGCCUCGCCCGAGUUUAAAGCUCAGUGUAAGCGCCCCAGGCGUUCGCCUUUCGGAACAGUGCUGUCCUACC